GGACAGAAAUUAUGAGUUAUGGGGAGCAAGGAGAAACAUUUUGUGCUAGUUCAUGGAGCUUGUCAUGGAGCAUGGUGUUGGUAUAAGGUGUCAACUCUGCUCGAAUCAUCAGGUCAUAAGGUUACGGUUCUGGACAUGGCUGCGUCUGGAAAACAUCCAAAACAGGUUGAUGAGGUAGGAUCACUUUGGGAUUACUUUGAGCCUUUGAUGGAAUUCAUGGCAUCUCUCCCACAAGAGGAGAAGGUGAUUCUGGUGGGACAUAGCUUUGGCGGUCUUGGCAUAUCUGCUGCCAUGGAAAGGUUCCCUGAGAAAGUCACUGUUGCAGUUUUCUGUACUGCUUUGAUGCCCAGCCCUCAUCUCAGUAUAACAACUUUUUUUGAAGAGUAUGGUAGAAGAGUGAAUUCGUAUAUGGACUCCCUCUUCACAUUUAAUGAUGGACCCAACAACCAACCAACCUGCAUUCUCUUUGGUCCUAACUUCAUGGCAUCCAACUUAUAUCACCUCUCUCCACCUCAGGAUUUAACACUAGCAGUGUUGUUGGCGAGACCUCACCCUAUAUUUAAUGAUGUAUCAUCGAGGAAUGAAGCAGCAGCAGUGACCAAAGAGAAAUAUGGAUCAGUCCAUCGAGUUUACAUUGUGUGCGACCAAGACAAGAUAUUGACACAAGAUAUGCAAAGUUGGACCAUCGAAAAGUAUCCAACGGAUGAGGUGAAGGUGAUCUCCGGUUCUGAUCAUAUGCCCAUGUUCUCCAAGCCCAAAGAAUUGUUCUGUUGCCUCCUAGAGAUUGCUGAUAAAUAUGACUAAAUUUAUUUUUAUAGUUGAAACUUGUUACGGUUUGCAAACGAC